AUGUCAUAUGAACCGGUGAUGACAUGUAUGGCUAAUAUCUGUUGCAAAUACGUCAAUGUGUUGGCCAUUCAACUCAUAUAUGUGUCCAUCUCUUCACUCAUUGUCUUCAUAUCCCUAAUCGGAGACCAAUUGCUAACCAUUAAGAGGAAUGCCAUCAACGCCUAUAUCAUCGCAUUAAGCGAUACGUUAAUCCAUGGCUUCAUUGGGUUCUUUAGUUGGCUCUUAGUCUACAUAUCGAAAGGACAUCCCGUCUGCGAACACAUCGUCCUCAUGGAGUCCUUCAUCUGUGGUCUCACGGCUUCUGCCAUUGAUUUGGACCACGUGUUGGCCGCAAGAAGUUUUGAUCUCAAUGAUAUCUCUCACUUACCUAACCGUCCAUUCCUUCACAACACAUCCCUAACUCUACUGAUAUCGGUGUCCAUCUUAGCGACGGGUCUGAUCCGUCACAACUGGAUGGUCCACACCUACGGCUGGAUAUUCCUCACCGCAAGCCUUACCCAUCACUUGCGGGACGCUCUCAGACACGGCUUCUGGUUGUAUCCGUUCACCACAAAACCAGUCCCUCUCUGGGCGUACGUACUGUCGCUCACAGCGUAUCCACUCGUCUGCAGUCUUCUCAUGGAUAUUGUGGCCAAAGAGUGGUUAGAAAGACAUUCAAUGAGUAAUCACUUGAACUUCAAAUACAAGAGCGUCUCUGGCGAUGUCCAAGAAGUUUAG